AUGGAAGGUCGAAGAUUAGUGGAGGUGGUUCACCUGACGUUUUGUCCUUUUUCAGGCAACGAUCGCCUUUAACUGGAGAGUUCAAUGGAUGAGAGUAGGCUACGGGCUCCGGACCCAGCUCAGCUUGGAGUUUCCAGUUGUCUGGGAAAAUGCCAGAAGAGCUCACCAGAUGCCAAGAGGCAGCCCUUUUCUGGAAAAUCCUUCUACUUGGAUCUGCCUGCCGGCAAGAACCUCCAGUUUUUGACGGGGGCCAUUCAGCAGCUGGGUGGGGUAAUUGAAGGUUUUCUGAGCAAAGAAGUAAGUUACAUCGUGUCCAGCCGCAGGGAGGCGAAGGCCGAGAGCAGCAGGACAAGUCACAGAGGCUGCCCCAGCCCCAGCGAGGUCACAGUGGACACACCGCCCGUGGCCAACCCAAAAGGCAGCCGUGCCAGGCCCGCACAGAAAGCCGUGGACCCAGUGCCUCUGAGCAGAGGGAAGGAGCUCCUGCAGAAGGCCAUCAGAAACCAGGGCAGCAGCAGCGGAGGUGGCAGUGGGCACAGCAGCAGCCUCCUGAGCAACGCCCGCUCCUGGGGGGUGCAGAUUCUCCACGUGGACGAAAUGCUGAUACGGGUGCAGCAACUGUCUCUUGAUGCUCCACGUGUGAAGAAACAAGGGCUGAAGAAGCCAGAGGGAACAUGUCCAGCAGAGUCAAGAACACGGAAAGUGGCCAGACUGAAGGCACCAUUCCUCAAAGUCGAAGAUGAGAGCAGGAAGUUUCGUCCUUUCCACCUUCAGUUUAAAUCCUUUCCUGAAAUUUCUUUUCUGGGACCCAAAGCCGCCAGUCCUUUUGAGGCCCCGAUGACUCCAAGCAGCUCACACCAUACCAGAGAGGCCAAGGACCAGGAGCCAAGCCGGCGAUCAGCUGCCUGCACUGUGCCCAGGAGGAGGAAAGGGUACUGUGAGUGCUGCCAAGAAGCCUUCGAGGAGCUGCACAGGCAUCUCCAGAGCCCCCGGCACCAGGGCUUUGCCCUGGAAGCCCACCUGUACGCUGAAGUCGAUCGGAUCAUCGCCCAGCUGAGCCACAGCUUUGCAGACGCCCCCUUCCAGGCCAGCCUCCCCGGGCAGCCAGGCUCCUUGGCUUCAGACUGUGACCCUCUAUGUCCUGAGCCUCCGCCUCCCCACUGGCCCUCCCCUCUCAGGGCAGCGUCUCCCUGGAGGAGGAACGACGGUCGUCAGCAGGCCCCAGGUGCCACCGAGCGUGGUGGGACUGUGAGUGGCAUGAAGGCAGCAGCAGAGCCUGUGGAGGCGGGCAAGAUUCCUGAACCGAUAGCGAGCUGCCGGGAGCUGAAGGGCCAGCAGGUGGACCAGCUGCUCCCGAUGGUUCUGGACCUCCCAGCCUCUUCCAGGCCCCUGACUCCCAACCCCAGCCCACCGCCAACAGAGAACUACUUCUAUGAGUCCCCGCCCACCCCUGGGCAUGCAGCUCUGGGGCCAGACAACUCCCAACUUGAGGGCAAGUUAUACAUCAGCUGA